CUUUUGAUCCUCUGUGGGGUUUAAUUAAUGUCUUCUUUUAACACGGUUGUAUUUAAAUAAUGUGAUUUAAGUUUCAGUAACGCAGGUUUGUCUCGUUUUGUUUGGGUUUGUUGUUUUGUUUUGUUUUUUUGUUUAGCUUAAAGCAACAAGUCCGACCGAGUUAUCGAGUCACGUCCCGAAUAAACUUGGUACAGUCGUCAUGUGCUUUGCUGUUUAAUCUUUUAUCCUCUUUUUAAAGUCCGCUUUGUGAAGAAGAUGGAGGGUGUAACAUGUCGUGUUUGAGAGCAGACUUUUAUUGUCAUUCCGCAGAUUCUCGGUUUCACGGCGGAAUUAGUGCCUGAAAGAGGAAAUGACUCACUUUAAGAUGGUGUUUCAUCUUUUUUUUAAAAUCCUUUUUUUUUUUUUUUUUGCUGCUGCUGCUGCCAUUGUUGAGACUUGUCGUUUACCUGAGCUGCUGAGGCACACCAAAAAAAGGAUCAGAAAGCAAAAGAAGGUCCAAAACAAAAACUCUGCACUGGUUGUUGACACAACCUGCCUCCAAUUCAACAGUAAAUAAUUCACCAGAAGCAUUCAAACAAAUCGGCCGCCGCCACCACAUGCAACAAUGUCCAUGGCCCUGAAACAGGUCUUCAACAAAGACAGGACAUUCCGGCCCAAGCGCAAGUUUGAGCCCGGGACGCAGCGCUUCGAGCUGCACAAGAAGGCCCAGGCGUCUCUGAACGCCGGGCUGGACCUGAAGCAGGCCGUGCAGCUGCCCCAUGGCGAGGACCUCAACGACUGGGUUGCCGUCCACGUGGUCGACUUCUUCAACCGCAUUAACCUCAUCUACGGCACCAUCAGCGACUCCUGCACCGACCAGACCUGCCCCGUCAUGUCCGGCGGGCCCAAGUACGAAUACCGCUGGCAGGACGAGCUCAAAUACAAGAGGCCGACGGCACUGUCCGCCCCAAAGUACAUGAGCCUGCUGAUGGAUUGGAUUGAGGUACAAAUCAACAAUGAGAACAUCUUCCCCACCAAUGUCGGUACUCCCUUCCCUAAGACCUUCAUGCAGGUGGCUAAGAAGAUUUUGUCUCGUCUGUUCCGGGUGUUUGUCCACGUCUACAUUCACCACUUUGACCGCGUGAGCCAGAUGGGGGCCGAGGCUCACGUCAAUACCUGCUACAAGCAUUUCUAUUACUUUGUCACUGAGUUUAACCUCACGGAUCACAAAGAGCUGGAGCCUCUGAAAGAGAUGACCUCUCGGAUGUGUCACUGAGGGAGCACACCAGUCGACACGAGCGGGGCGAACGCAUCCGUCCAUCUAGAAGCUUGCAGCAGAGAACUUAAAAAAAAGAACAAACAAAUUCAAAAAAGAGUCUAUUUUUAUAUUUAAGUACUGUAAUCUAUUGUAGUUUAGUUUCAACCAAGAACCUGGUCUUAUGAGGUGUUCCCUUCCUUUUUAAAAAGUUUUCAAACGUUUCAUCAGAGCACAGUAUUAAGAGGUGUAUGUUUGUGUUGAUGUUUUUUCUAUUUUAUUUGAAUCAAUCAUUCCAGGAUGCUUCUGUCUUUCUGUCUGUGUUAAAACGAUAUAAAAUUAGUACGAUUUCUUACUGUACGUCUUUAAAAUCACUAUGUUGUUACAUUAAAAUUAUUCUCUUCUCUGUUAUAAUUUGAAUUUGGUAAUCAGUAUUUAAAUGAAAACUGACUGGUUAUCUUUUCUGAAGCUGAAAGUACUGGGCUACAGCCUGAGCUAAUCAUUUCUUUUUUUUCCCUCCAGGCUGUCAACAGUUCAGUUUUACCACUCAUGUCUGAACAUUCAAUGCAGUAAUGUAUUUUUUUUAGGCAGAGAAAGUAUUAUGUAAUGUUACAGUGAGAAAAAUACAUUUUUUGUUUCUGUU